GUCAAUUUUUACUUUUAUGCAAAACAUCCGCUCACAUUUCCUCUUACCAUUAGCACUAACUAAAGAAUUUAAUUACAUUUAAGUCCCUAAAAUAUUCCGAAAAUGGCUGAUAGAAUGCAGCGACCAGGUGGGACAGCAAUGGGAGGAGGUGGGUUUGGGACUAUUGCAAGGCGCAGAGCUCGUGGUCGAGGCCGUGGCCGAGGAAGAGGCAUGAGAGGUAAAGAAGGCGAAAAAGAAUGGGCCCCUGUAACCAAACUGGGCAGACUUGUUAAAGAAGGAAGAAUUAAAUCUAUUGAAGAAAUAUAUAUGUUCUCGAUACCCAUAAAAGAACAUGAAAUUAUUAAUCAUUUUUUUCCAAGCAAUUUGAAAGAUGAAGUAUUAAAAAUCAUGCCUGUUCAAAAACAAACAAGGGCAGGGCAAAGAACACGAUUUAAAGCUUUUGUUGUUAUAGGUGAUCAUAAUGGUCAUAUAGGAUUGGGUGUUAAAUGUUCAAAGGAGGUUGCGACAGCAAUUAGAGGUGCAAUCAUAUUAGCUAAAUUAUCCUUAAUUCCAGUUAGGAGAGGAUAUUGGGGAAAUAAAAUAGGAAAACCACAUACUGUGCCUUGUAAAGUAACUGGAAAAUGUGGAAGUGUAACUGUUAGAUUGAUCCCUGCACCAAGAGGAACUGGUAUAGUAGCUGCUGGUGUUCCUAAAAAAUUGCUUCAGAUGGCUGGUAUAGAAGAUUGCUACACCUCAUGUAGAGGUUCCACUUGUACUUUAGGAAAUUUUGCUAAAGCUACAUAUGCUGCCAUUUCUAGAACUUAUAGCUAUCUUACACCUGAUUUAUGGAAAGAAACAAAAUUUCAAUCUAUACCUUAUUUAGAAAACUCAGAUUUUUUGUCAAAAAAUAAAUAUGGAAUGCAAGAACCCAAGAAUUACUAAGACUAUAUAUAAUUUUAAAUUAAUUUAUCGAAUA